AUGUGCCAUCUACCCGUAGAAGUGGAGCACAGAGCAUACUGGGCGGUCAAGGAAAUUAAUAUGCGACCCCAGUCUUGUGAGGAAGAGCGAAAAUUGCAACUUCAAGAGUUGGAAGAGUUGAGACUGGAGUCAUAUGAGUCCGCAAUGUGGUACAAAGAGAAGACAAGGCUCUGGCACGACAAAAACCUCCGAGUCAAGGAACUCCAAGUAGGGCAGAGGGUGCUCCUUUUCCAAUCCAGGCUCAAGCUGAUGCCCGGGAAGCUAAAGUCUAAAUGGGUCGGGCCAUACACUAAUGUUGGCCUUCGAGCAAACCGAGCUGUGGAAAUUAAGGGCAGUGCUUCAAACUCUACUCAUUUCCUUGUGAAUGGUCAUCGGGUAAAAGUUUUUAGGGAUAAUUCUGAGUUGUGCGUAGUGGAAGAAGUGCCACUACGUGCACUCUCUGUUAUCGCCUAA